AAAUUCCAAGAGCCAAAAAAUUAUUCGUGUGAUCGAUCGUCAAUAAAAGGAAGUUUUUUGAUUGUUACGAGAAAUCCUGAUAUGAAUCACUAUCGGAGAGCAUGCACGUGCACGUCUACGCAAAGGAUCAGACACCGACUUUCAUAAUAAUGCUGUCUUCAUAGUCCACGCAAAGGACCGCUUGCGCAUGUCUAGAUUCCCUCCAGCGGAUUCAUUUCUUCCUCUGAAGUUGUCUUCUUCUUGGCUGCUCCAUCACCAAUCAACGGCUUCAAGUUUUGCAUCAGAGGGCAUUUCCCUUUUAUUCACCAUGCGCGUCUACGCGAAGGAUCGGACGCGACUUUCAUAUCCUGAAGUGGGUUUCUUCGGCGAACUCCUCCUCCCCGUGUGCUCUCUUCCUCCCUCUUCUCCUCUCUAUGCCGGCAUUACUCUGCGCAGCUAUCCUUACUUGACGAGAUGGCUUAUUGAAGCUAAAGAACCGCUUGAAAUUUUCGAUUUUAUUCCGAUGGUUCUGUAAAUUCUUCCUCUGUUAGCGGUUCUGGUGCUGUUAGCUGAGCCGCUUACUUGUGAAUCUGAGCUUUCAGCUCAAAGGGUUGCGUUCUUCAACACCUGAGGGAGCAGAUUUCCAGUGGUUUUGCUGUGAUCAAGAAGGACAAUGGCAGACCUUGUUUCAGGAGCGGUUCUUGGGGCAGCAUUCGGUGAGCUGUUUGCAGCUGUUAAGGCAGCGGUGAAAACCACUGCCCUGUUCCAGUCACGCUUAAGAAGCCUCGAGUCGACCCUGCAAGACACAGAACCAAUCAUAAAAGAGAUCGAUUCCUUAAACAUACUGUUGGACCGUUCCAAUGAAGAAAUGAAGCGUCUCUAUGACCUGUUGAAGAACGGCAAAAUCCUUGUGGAGAAGUCCUUGAGAAUCAAGAUGAACUUAUAUAAGAGGUACCGGUACUCCUGUCAGUUGGAAGACUUGGGCGUUGACAUCCUGAAGUUCUUUCAGUUUUAUACCAUAGUUAUCAGUCGAGACAAUAAGGAAGUACUGGUGAAGGUGAAUGAUAUUCGUGAAGCCAUAAGGAAGCUUGGUUUGAUGCUAGAAGAUGUGUUGAGUGGCAAAGGGACGAGAAGUGUAGGUGCUGGAGGGUUUGGAAGUUGUGCAGUACCCAAAACACCAGAGUUGGUGGUGGGAUUGAAUGUGUCAAUUCGACAACUCAAGAAUCAGCUACUUGAUGGAGGUGUGUCCUUAAUGGUUGUGUCUGCCCCUGGGGGUUGCGGUAAGACAACCUUGGUCACGACUCUCUGUCUUGAUGAGGAGAUCAAAGGCAAAUUCGGUAACAAUAUCUUCUUUCUAACCGUUUCACAGUCGCCCAAUUUCACUGUGAUGGUACAGAACAUGAUUCAUUAUAAGGGUAAGGUGGUACCUCAAAUUGAAAAUGAACAGCAUGCGAUUGAUCAGUUUCAACAGUUGCUGGUGGAUAUAGGAAAAGAUCCAAUCUUGCUCGUGUUAGAUGAUGUUUGGUCUGAAUCAGAGUCCAUAUUGGAGAAGUUUUGGUUUGAGGAAGUUAAAGAUUACAAAAUUUUGGUCACAUCACGAUUUGAGUUAUCGAGGUUUGGUCCUCCACAUAAGCUGCCUCCAUUAAAUGAUGAAGAUGCCCGAAAACUUUUCCUUCACUCUGCAACACCCAAAGUUGGCAGUUCCUUCAGGAGUUCCCUGUUGAUGAAAAAGAUUAACGGCUCAGUGGUUCCAAGGGACAAGCUUAUAGACGAGGUAGUCAAGCACUGUAAAGGAUCACCUCUGGCACUCACAGUAUUGGGCAAGUUGCUCUGCGGGAAGCAUCCUAAAAUCUGGGAAAGCACACUGCUUGAGUGGUCGGAAGGUUCCAUUGUCGAUUCAAACAGAGCUAUUUUCGACUGUCUUCAGAGAAGUCUGGACGACUUAAAUGGGAAGCCCCUGUACAAGGAGUGCUUCAUGGACUUGGGCUCAUUCCCUGAGGACCAUGCAAUCCCUGCCACGGCCCUGAUCGAUAUGUGGAUUGAAUUGCACAAAUUAGAUGCAGAAGGUGUUCAUGCUAAGAGAAUCCUGCACGAACUCGCUGCCAGGAAUCUAGUUGAUCUUGUUGCCACCAAAAACGAUGAAGGUGAAGGCGAUGGAUUCUAUGAUGAUCUUUAUGUUCAGCAGCACGAUCUUCUUAGGGAGCUGGCUAUCCAUCAGAAUAGCCAGGCCCUGAUACAUGAAAGGAAAAGGUUAAAUUUGGAUGUUCGCAGCAACAAGUUCCCCCACUGGUGUACUGCACAAGAUGAGCAACCUCUCAAUGCCAGUCUCUUGUCGAUCUCCACAGAUGAAUCUUUUUUGUCAGAUUGGCCCCACCUGGAACUUCCGGCCCUUGAAGUUCUCAUUCUUAAUUUCCGAAUGAAGAACUACACCCUGCCUGCCUUCAUCAGGAAAUUGGUUAGUCUCAAGACUCUUAUUAUCACGAACAAUGGGUUCUUCCCGGCUGAGUUGAGCAAUUUGACCAUCCUCGGGUCUCUAACUAAUCUCAAGAGAAUCAGACUUGAGCGCAUCAAAAUAACUCCGUGUGAUCAUUCUGAAAUGACCCUAGGCUACCUGCAGAAAGCAUCCUUUUUCAUGUGCGAUCUGAGUCAGGGUAUGAUGGCGAUGCCGAAUCUUGCUGUGAUUGAUGUUGCGUACUGCGGUGAGUUAGAAAGGUUACCCACUUGUCUCUGCAGCAUUACAAGUUUGAGAAAGAUCAGCAUCAUUAGCUGCCACAAUCUGUCCUCGCUGCCUGAUCAAAUCGGGAAUCUCGUUAACCUCCAAGUGCUGAGGCUCAGAUCUUGCAUGAACUUAUCGGGGCUGCCCAAAUCUAUCGGGAGGCUCCAAAACUUGGCCUUCCUCGACAUAUCCGACUGCUUCAGCAUCAAGGAAUUGCCGAAUGAAAUUGCCAGCUUAUGCAGGCUGAUUGAAGUCCAUAUGAAAGGGUGCUCGAGCUUGUCUGCGGUACCUGAGUCUGUGGUCAAUCUCGAGCAGCUGAAGUACGUGACUUGCGACUUGCAGAGGGCCCAAUUGUGGACACCUUACAAGCAUCGCCUCCCGCAAGUGAAAGUGAAAAUCGUUCAAGAUGACAUCACCUUAGACUGGCUUCUUAAGUAAUGACUUCAAGAAUGCGACCGAGAUCAUCUGUUUUCCAUCUAAUCCUAUUCCGGGCAUUCCUAAUUUGUAUAAGCCAUAACAGAGCUUGCUCUUUUAAAAAAAAAAAAAAUUGUCUUACGGAUGGUAUGUUUCAUUUUCCAACUUC